ACAAUGCCGAUCCGUUCGACGACUGACUUUAGGAUUUGGCUCACUCGAUUAAAAGAAGAGCACAAUCAGCCUCACGGGUCUCACAUCCGUCCGCCUCGCCGCCCCCCUCGAUCCCAGAUUUCCCGGAGCCCCGGCGCCCAUGGGGGCCGCCACGGCGGCGCGCCGGCGCGGGGUGCUGGACCUGGAGGCGCAGUUCGCCUUCUUCCGGUCGCAGCACCGGCACCCCGUGAACGCGGCGGCGCACGCGCUGCUCACCUGGCCCAUCCUCUUCACCAACCUCCUCAUCCUCCGCUUCCUGCCGCUGCCGCCGCCGCCGCCGCUCGACCCCGCGCUCGCGCUCGCCCUCGCCUACGCCGCCGCCUACCUCGCCGUCGACCGCCGCGCCGGCGCGCUCGCGGGGCUGCUCUUCCUCGCCGCCUGGGCCGCCAGCCGCGCCCUCGCCGCCCGCCUCGGCUUCGCAGCCUCCUGGAGGCUCGUCCUCGCCACGCAGCUCUUCUGCUGGACCUGGCAGUUCCUCGGCCACGGCCUCUUCGAGAAGAAGGGGCCGACCGUGAGUGAGCUCCCUGAGGUGUUCUUGAUGGAGCCAUUCCUCAUCUUCCUGCAGAUACUGAACAAGCUGUUUGGCUACGAGCCAUACCCUGGGUUCUGCAAGAACGUGGACAAGAAGAUGGAGGCGGAUCUCAGGGAGAGCAGAGAGCUCGAGCAAAGGAAGAUCAACUGAUUGAUCAUAAUUUGGUCUUGAUCGACCGGGUUCUGCGCCCGAGUUGUAUCAUCUAUACAUGUAGCAUGGUGGUGCUUAGCAUCUGUGUUUUUUUUUUGAACAAUUAGCAUCUGUGUUGUUGUCUACUUGUCUGUCAUACCAUUGUAGAAUGGUAAACACUAAACAGGGCAUAGCAGCCAUGUGCGUUGUGUUCAUUUUACAUAUUGGCUUGAAGAAGAUACAUAGUGGCUUUAGAUGCUCUGCGUAUUCGUCCAAGAAUCUUUGCCAGGCAUUUCAUUGAACAUAUUGUGAACAAUCAAACCCAAUUUGGCUGCUGUGGUUGCUGGUUUUAGGUCGA